GCUUUGUUGCAGGAGUCCUGGGAACAUGGUUUAGUGGUGGUGUAGCGGUUCCACUUGCACUUAGCUAAUCCAGAAGCUGAACUCUUAAGUAUGUGAUGAAUGAUUCGGAUAUAUUUCUGUUAUUAAGCACAGAGGACCAUAGUGAAACUAUUGCAGCAAAGAGUGGCGCUCAAUAUCAUCUAAUUCCUCUUGUUGUUGACUCAACUUCGGAAACUGUUGCUAGCAAUCAGCUUCAGGACAAUAGUAUUGUAACAGAAGGAAAAUUUCUAGAUGAACCAGCAUUGAUUGUCUACACUAGCGGUACAACUGGUAAGCCAAAAGGAGUUGUCCGUACCCACAACAGCAUCAUUUCCCAGGUUAAAAUGUUAACUGAAGCUUGGGAGUACACAUCUGCUGAUCAUAUUCUCCACUGCCUCCCACUACAUCAUGUUCAUGGGCUUUUUAACGCUUUAUUUGCUCCUCUUUACGCGCCAUCUUCGGUAACUUAUACUAUCAGUAUUUACUUGAGCUAGCUCUUUCUAAAUACAUUUAACGUCUGAAAACAUCAAGCUCGUUAUAGGUUUUUAGUUGAUGUUUACAUUCCUCUUUGAAGAUUGAUUAUUUGCCAAAUUUAGUGUUAGCGGAAUCUGGCGUAGAUGUCCCGUUAAUGAUGAAAAAACUGACGACGCCAUAACUGUAUUCACUGGAGUAAGUCUUCGUUUUUUGCUUUUAUUCCUUCAAAAUAAAUUCUAAUUCAUGAAUUAGUUGUCCCUGCGUCAAGUUAAGCGUUGAUUUCAAGUUGUAUCAGCCUUUU